UAAUUUAAUGAAAACAUAACCUUUUUUCAAGUUUUAAAUAAUACAUAUAUUAUCUUUGGAUUAAUUACAUAUUACGUAAUAUGAUUUGAUAUCUUUAUAAUUAUACAUCUUAUGAUAAGAUAUUAAGGCAUUUUAUAAAUUUAUAUUGUUAUUCUAUGCUUAUACUUCAUAAUGGAUAACAGUAUUAUCGAAAUACAAGUUAAAGUUUUAUUUUUCGCUAAAGCAAGAGAAAUAACAGGGAAAAAGGAAUGAAACUAUUCGUGAUACCUUAGUCCUAGCAGUGAACGAAGAAUUUGUUCCCUUAGAUAGCACAUUAGUACUUUCGCAAAAAGACGAAAUUGCUGUUAUUCCACCACUUAGUGGAGGUUAGAAUGGAUACUACAAAGGAUAUCGUGAAAUUGCAACAAGAAGAGUUAAAUAUUGGAUAUAUAAUUGAUUUAGUAACUGCAUCUAAUUGUGGAGCUGUAUCAAAUUUUAUUGGUAUUACUCGUGAUAAUUUUGAUAACAAAAAGGUUUUAAAAUUAGAAUACGAAGCAUAUGAACCAAUGGCAUUAAAAGAAAUGAAUAAUAUAUGUUCAAAAAUUCGUUCUCAAUGGAAUGUUCAUCAUAUUGCUAUAUAUCAUCGUUUAGGAGAAGUACCAGUAUCUAAAGCAAGUGUAGUAAUUGCAAUUUCAUCUCCCCAUAGAGAAGAAUCAUUAAAAGCUGUUGAAUAUGCUAUUAAUGCAUUAAAAUCAUCUGUUCCAAUUUGGAAAAAAGAAAUAUAUGACACACAAGAAAUGCAAUGGAAGGAAAACAAAGAGUGUGCCUGGUCAAAUAUUCAUGAUGCAAUUGAUUUUGAGGAAUCGGAAAAUAUUACAAUAACAAAUGAAAUAAUAGAGACAACAGUGGAAUAUGAUAGCGAAGAAGAAGAAGAAGAAAAAGAAGAGUCUAAAAUAAUAAUUGAUCCAAAUCUUGUUCAAAUUCGCGCUUCGUCGAAUGAAUUAAAUCAUAGAAUAUCAGCUUUUAUUGAACGAAAACGUCAACAAGUAAAUAUUGUGAAUGUACAAGAAUUUUGUUGUCACAGAGAUCAAAAUGACGAGAACGAAGAUUCUUGUGCAAGAGUUGAUGCCAUUCUUAUUAGAAGAAAAGAUUCAAAAAGUCAUGUAAAAGUGCAUAGAGUACUUAAUACAUGGGGACCGCAAAUGGUAGAUCAACAUAUUUUGCAUAAAGUUACAAUGUCGGGAGCAAAUCAAAUAAAUAAUUAUUCAUCAGUAUUAGAUGAAAGAAUUUCAACUACUGAAAAAAUUCUUGGAAUUAAUCGACCUGUUCCUAAAGAUGUUUAUGAAAGGCUUAAAAAUAUUGAAGAUAGAAUAUUAUAUUUAGAAGGCAUAUCUCCUGAAUAUAAAAAUCUUUGGAAGACAGAAGAUAUGAAUAAUCUUAAAGGAACAUUUAAACCAAUCAGGAAAAGGACAUAUUCCAUGGCAGAACUUGACUCAAAAUUGCAUGAAUUAGAAGAUAAAUAUGCCAAAAGAGCAAAAUAAUCAUUUA